CUAUUGCUUGUGUUACCUUGGCAAAGUCAAGGACCAGUGCAGCUGGAUCCACAGCAGAGCAGAUCCCUGUUCCCUCACUCUUGGCACCAGGCCUCGGUGACGUGCCAGAGAAACCCAGCUAUGCAAAGGCUCCCAGGGAUUCAGUUAUUAAAAUACUGAGGCAUCAUCUGCACCAAAAUACAGCCUGAUCUGUACACAGAGACAGAUGCAUUCUCAGAUUUAUUUAGUUGAAAACGUUCCUUAAUUGUAAGCAAUAUUUUUGUAAUUGUUAUCGUUGCUAUGAGAGUAAGGUCUAGGUUUUGAUCCCAGGCACACAGCACAUGCUGCUAAUCUGAGCAUUUAUUUCCACUGGCACACGUAAUAUGGAGUAUAAAUUACUCACAGUGACCACUGCAUUGUCCCACAUUUAUGCUAUAGGUCCUCAAUCUUGAGAAAUACACAGACAUUCUUAGCUCUAUAAAUGGCGGAAUCUUGAUUUUAUGGCAUCUAUUCAUAUUACAUAAAACAAAUUACAUACAGACAUUUGCAGGAUUAAAGCUACAAGAUGUAGGCUAAAAAUAUGCAGUGAUUAACUGUAUAGCUCUCUCUGCAGAUCUGGAAUAGUUAUAACUGUGUUAACUCUGAACCUGCCAGUUCGAGUUGGGAUGAAAAUCAUCCAAGCAUGGAUUUUCCCCUCAAGAAAACACUCAGAAGAACACCUGGAAAUAUCACUGAUUAUGGAUGGACAGAAAAUGAGAGGGGCAUUUGCUGUCAGAGCACUUCAUGGAGGAAUGGCCUGGGAUGGCACCAGCUGGGAGUGCAACACAUCUGAGGUGACAGCUCUCCAGGCAGAGGAGAACAACACUGAGGAAUUCUCAGCACAGGUACAUAGCCCACAGCACCAUCAGCCUUAUGAGCAGGAAAAAUAUGAAACAUCUAAACUGAAAAUAUCCCAGAAGGUGUGAAUGUGUUAUAUGGAGAGACAAAGUCAUUCUGUUCUGUGUGUCACCAGGUAAAUUCCAUUUAAAAUCUUUCACUUUACCUCCUAAAGAACAAAAAAAAGAAAAAAUAAUGUAAUAAUCUGACUUAUUGAGUUAAAAUUUGUGUCUUUUCCUCCUUUUUGGAUGUUAGUGUCAGGAUUGCCAUUGAGAUGGGCAGAAGGAGGAAAAGAUCAGAAAGAAAACAACCUCUUAGGUUAUUCUCACAGGUUUAUGACAUGCCUGUAUUUGUUGUAUUACAUUUGUGUGUGUGUGUUGUACAUCUGUUCCCCUGGAUUUCAUGGGGCUGUUAUUCCCCUCACCCACCAUCCCUCAGCAGCUAUUUGAAAUGUUGGUACUAAAUAACAAUACAGAACUAAGAAGACAAAAAGAUGAAUCCAACCCUUUAGCCCAGGUGCCUCCAUUCAUUAGUUUAAGGUACCCGCACAAUCAUUUUUGUUUUAUGAUAUAAUUUCAUGAAAAUGUCUCCUUCACACUGUUUCCUUUGUGGGUUGGUUUUAAAAUUGUCAUUCGAGAUUGAACAGCACCAAAAAGCCGAGGAGGCGGAGGAGGAGAGAAGGAAAGAGCGAAUAUGGAGGAGAAAACCGAGUUUGACCUGCAAGUCAAGAUGCGCCCGAGGUCCCGAGGAGCCCCGUGGCCGGGUCCCCGCUGGCCCCGUGCCGGGAGCCGCCGGAGAUCCCGGGCGUUCGCGGGGCACAGGAGGUGGAAGCCGGAGGAUGGCAGCCGGGGAUGGAGCAGUGAGCUGCUCCGAGCGUUUCACAGUAGAGAAGCCCCCCAGGAGCAGAAGUUUGCGCUGCGGGCUCUGCGCCCCUCGGCGGUGCCGCCGGGCCGGGACGGCGCAGGCAGCGGAGCGGCGGCGUUGCCUUCCCCGGCUCCACCGGCGGGCGCUCGGAGCGAUGCUGGCAGCCGGGCUGCAGCUGCCGUGCCCGGGUGCCGCCGGGAUCUGCCGGGAGCUCGGGGGGGCGGCGGGGGGCGGCGGUGCCUGCGGUUCACAUGCCCCGUGCGGAGCGGGCACAGCGGCUCCGAGCGCCCCGGGACCGGCCGCCCCUGCCCCGGGCUCGGGCUGCAGCUCCUCCCGCUCCUCCCCGGCACGAUGCGCGCAGGACAUUAGCGGCUCCGGAGCACUUUGAGUUGCUCCCACCCCGCUCCGUGGGAUUAAUCUAUCCUUUUGGAGGUUAUUUUCGGCAAGCAGCCUCGCAGGCGGGCAGAGCGGCCGGAGGAAGAGCCCGCGGCAGGGGAGGGAUGCGGGAGCAGGGCAGCGGAGCCGGGCGGGACUGAGCCACCCGCAGAGGAGAGGAGGAGAGGCAAGGAGAAGAGAGGAGAGGAGAGGAGAGCUGCCCUGCUCCCUGCUCCCGUGCCGGGCUGCCUGCAUGGCUCCCGGGCACUGUGGAGAUUGUGGGGGCUGCUGCUGCUGAGCAACCAUCCAUCGCUUUAAACUCAGCCUCAACUUAGCGCAGCAGGCAAGAAUGGCAAAGCCACUGGAGCUUUGGAGCUGCCAGGAGAGCCGGGGAACCUGGGUUUUGGUCGCUGCUGUCUAAUAAAUGGGAGUAAAAUGGAAUUUCUUACCUGGGUUUUUCCUGCCUUGAUUCUACUGUGCACCCAACAGCACAGGUGUAUCAGAGCUAUGAGUGACAUCGGAGAUUACAUAGGUUCCAACAUUGAAAUCUCCUGGUUGCCCAACCUGGAUGAUUUGAUGAAAGGAUACGCACGAAAUUUCAGGCCUGGGAUUGGAGGUCCUCCUGUUAAUGUUGCUCUGGCAAUUGAAGUAGCCAGCAUUGACCACAUCUCAGAAGUGAACAUGGAAUACACCAUGACAGUAUUUUUGCACCAGAGCUGGCGAGACGAUCGUCUGUCUUACAACCACACCAACGAGACUCUGGGCUUGGACAGCAGGUUUGUGGACAAGCUCUGGUUGCCAGAUACUUUCAUAGUCAAUGCCAAGUCUGCCUGGUUCCAUGAUGUGACUGUGGAAAACAAACUUAUCAGGCUCCAGCCAGAUGGAGUCAUUUUAUACAGCAUCAGGAUUACCUCAACAGUGGCCUGUGACAUGGACCUGUCCAAGUACCCCAUGGAUGAGCAGGAAUGCAUGUUGGAUUUGGAGAGCUAUGGCUACUCUUCAGAGGACAUUGUCUACCACUGGUCAGAAAACCAGGAGGAGAUCCAUGGGCUGGAUAAGCUGCAGCUUGCUCAAUUCACAAUUACCAAUUACCAGUUCACAACAGAAAUUAUGAACUUCAAAUCUGCAGGUCAGUUUCCCAGGCUCAGUCUCCACUUCCACCUUCGGCGAAAUCGAGGAGUUUACAUCAUCCAGUCUUAUGUCCCUUCCAUCCUACUGGUGGCCAUGUCGUGGGUGUCCUUCUGGAUCAGCCAGUCAGCUGUGCCUGCCAGGGUGUCACUAGGUAUCACCACCGUUCUUACAAUGACCACUCUGAUGGUCAGUGCCCGAUCCUCGCUCCCACGAGCCUCUGCCAUCAAGGCACUGGAUGUUUACUUCUGGAUCUGCUACGUGUUUGUCUUUGCUGCACUGGUGGAAUAUGCCUUUGCACAUUUCAAUGCUGACUACAUGAAAAAGCAGAAGAACAAGAUAAAGGCGAGAAGGCAGAGUGCAGAGAUCAACGUGAAGAAUGCCAUUGUUCUGUUUUCCCUCUCCAUAGCUGGUGUGAACCAGGAACUGGCCAUUUCCAACAGGCAGCACCGAAUUCCCAGAAGCCUGCCUGGAUCAUAUGGCACAAUAGAAAUAGAAACUGGAGAGACAAAACAGCAGCAGGGAAUGAAACUGGACAAAAAGACUGGCCUGAAGUCCCUCUUUAAGCCCAUUGAUGCUGACACCAUUGACAUUUAUGCCAGAGCCGUGUUCCCAGCAGCCUUUGCAGCAGUCAAUGUUAUAUACUGGGUUGCAUACACAAUGUAAAGGCAACAAAAAAAGGAAAAUUCUUCCCAAGACCUACAAACUGAACAAUACCCACAGGCUAAAAAGCCCUCACUGAAACUGAAUUGAGGCACCUCUUCUCAAAGUAUUUUCCAAUGAGCUCUAACACUUCCAAAGUCAAGAAGGUCCUGCUAUGAAUUCCUACUUAAAGCAGCAAUUUAUUGCUGACCUGAUUUGAUACGUAAGACUGCACUCUGCCAAACAAUUCCAGCUCUUCCUUUCCUGUAAUACCAUGAGACAACUUUUCAUAUGUACAUAUUUGUAGCAAAAGUUUAAAUCUUAAAUGACCAUGGUUUUCCUCCACUUCAAGGUUGAUCAGUAAUGAAGAUUUGGCUUUUCACACUCAGAUAAUUUCCUUUUUAUUUGUAAUGAAAGAGCUCAUUCCUCACUUCUGCACGAGUGGUUUUCUGCAUCUGUGGGCUGGUCUAGGUUUAACAGUAGUGCUGAAGUUGGAGUUUUUAAUCAGAAAAAUCUCAUGAACAAAGUAAAAGGGAACAGAGGGGAGUGGAGGUUUUUUCUUAAAAUAUUAUUUGUCUUGGAUAAAGUAUUGAAAAAUUUCAAUGCUCUUAGUCACGGCAUGAAAUAAAAUAUACUACAUAAAAUUCUA